CUUUUUUCUAAUUUUAAAAUUUCAUUCUGACAAAAGCCAUAGCGUUUUCAAAAAACAAAAUACGUCCAUUGCUUCAUUCCCUUCGCGAUUAUAUCGUUCUUAUGAAAUUGUCUUGGCAAUUUAUCUCCGCGUUAUAAUCAAAUUUACUCGGAGUAAGUGUUAAGUGCCGUAUGUCAGUGUAAAGUGACGUGUAAAAUAAGUAAUCAGGUCAAAGACCUUUGCUUCGGUUAGCUUUCAAGAAAAUUCACCACGCUGCGCAGAUCCGUGAUCAAAGUCAUGAAGAUCAAACUGCCGCGAGACCGUUUCCCGUCCACAUCAUCCACCGACGAGAACGAAAGCGGCGCGGAAUGGGACACGCUGGUGGCGCCGCCCCCGCGCCCCGCGUACAUCCACCACCCGCCGCCGCCGCCGCAGGCCGUCGUCGGCGGCGCCGUACGCAAGCGGCGCGGCAACCUGCCUAAACACGCAGUCAAGAUACUGAAGAGAUGGCUGUACGAGCACCGAUACAACGCUUACCCCAGCGACGCGGAGAAGCUGACGCUGAGCCAGGAGGCGAACCUGACUGUCUUGCAAGUAUGCAACUGGUUUAUAAAUGCUCGCCGUCGCAUCCUACCAGAGAUGAUCCGCCGCGAGGGUCACGACCCCCUCCACUACACCAUCUCGCGCCGCGGUCGCAAGCAGAGCUCCGCCAUGAUGGCACCGCCCGGCCACCACCUGCAGGGCUACGGCCAGAUGGGCAUGGGAAUAAACAUGGGAAACAUGGCUAUAGGGAGCGUGGCGUCCACGUCGGGCGUCGUCGUGUGGGAUGGCAUCGGGAUUGAUGCCAAUACCGAUCACAACCGCAGCCACGUGUACGGCGACGGUCUCCUGGUCUACCGGAGUGAUGGAGACGAGCUGGUCGAGGAGUACUCCAGCAUCAGCGAGGAGGAGGUCAAGUACGACCCGUCCGUCUGGCAGUCUGUCAUCAGCUGCUCCAGCGAGAGGCUGCAGGAUGACAGAGACACUGGUGCCGUAGUAACCGUGUCCACGUCCGAAGAGAUCGACGUGGUUGGCAACUCUAAGCUAGAUACCGGUGGUUGGCACCCGCAGUUAGCGCAUCUGCCCCAGCUGCCGCACCCGCUCCGCCGCGUCCAGGUGGUGCCGGCUGAGAGAGAGGGGGACAGCGACAAGUUCAAGUGUCUCUAUCUCCUUGUGGAGACUGCCGUCGCCGUGCGUCAAAGGGAGAAGGAACAAGAAGAUCUUAUCGGUUAAAAUCGCAUUUGAAAUAA